GUUUGCUGAUUUGGCGGCGUAAAUGAGUCAAGGUCGAGGCUUCAAAGACCAGUAUGGAGUACCUGAGUUCAGAAUCGAGCGCAGUUUGUGACAAUCAAGCUACCAAUAACAUCAGAAAUUCCAAACCUAAAAGCGAUGCAUCUAAGAAAAAGAAAACAUCCAAAAAGUCACAUCACCAUUGCAGUCACAAACAAAAUAAUGAUUGCUGCAAAACUGCUUGUAAACCCGACGUUCUACGAAAUCUUUCAACCGUAAUUCAAAACUGGAAGUUGGGUGAUAAAGCUCCAUGCCACAAAACAGCAAAUAUUGAAAGCACUUUUAAAAACAUUGAGAAACGAAUCAUUCAUGGAAGUGUUGAGAAAGUUUCACCUGAUUGUCAGGCUCCUGGAGGUGGACUAGCUUACCCUAAAGAGACUAAGUUUAUUUUUCAUUAUCAAAUUCGUAAACUGGAUGAGGACCGUACCGUGAUUGAUGAUACCCGUAGGUAUGGAAAAACGAUGGAGGUGUACUCGGGAAAAGAAUUCCAACUGGAGUUUUGGGAACAAUGUUUAGGAACUAUGUUGCCUGGUGAAGUUUCAUCAUUUGUUGUACCACCUGAAAGGUUGGCUUCAUUUCCAGCUGUAAAUAAAAAACUGCGUGAUUACAUGUUAAAUAAAAAAGAUCAUUCUGCAAAACACUGUUGUGGAUUAAUGAGCUUACAAGAGCAAGGUGGUUUGGGCUACCCAGAUCUGGACGAGUUGAUGAUGAAACCUGAAGCACUUGAAUUUAUUUUUGAUUUAGUUAAAGUUGAAAUUCCAGGCACUGGUAGUCGUAAAGAAACAUGGAUAAUGACGCCUGAAGAGAAAUUGGAAACUGUACCAGUUUUACGUGAAGAAGGUAAUCAGUUGUAUAAUCGUGGGGAAUAUAAUAAGGCUGCUGCAUGUUAUAGUGAAGCGUUAGGCAUUUUAGAACAAUUAGUUUUACGAGAAAAACCAGGAGAACCUGAGUGGAUUGUAUUGGACAAGUUACAAAUACCACUAUUCGUUAAUCUUGCACAAUGUCAAUUUAAAGAAAAAGACUAUUAUGCUGUAAUAAAAAAUACUACUGAAGCCUUAUCACGAGAUCCUACAAAUGUAAAAGCACUUUAUCGCAGGUCUAAGGCGUAUAUAGAAACUUGGGACUUUGAUCUAGCUGCUGAGGAUCUACGUAAGCUAGCCAUUUGUCGUCCGGAAAUGAAGAACACAGUCGAAAAUGAACUAAACAUUAUCGAGGCUAAACGUGUCAAUGAAGAAAUCAAAGGAAGACAAAAACUAGCUGGGAAACUCUUCGCUUGUCCAAAAUCAGUCGCAGAAUCAAAUAUAUUAUAAUGUAUCAUAAUAAAUUCAGAAAUAUUCAUGUCAGUAUUAUAUGUACUUUGAGUAAGUAAUAUUUUGGUCUACUUGUAUGACUGAUUUAUAUCCGGAUAGUUGUCUUUUUUCGCUUAACUGUGUUAAGUCUUCAGAAUUAAUCGUCCUUAUUACCCAAGGUAUUCUAUUUUCUCUAGUUUACUUUCGUGGUUGAGUUUACAUAGCUGUAACCGAAUUUUUACUCCGUAAUUGAACAAUAUGAGAUACACAAUUGAGGAUUGGAGUUCAAUGAAACCUUGGGUGCGGAAGGACUCAAACAGAUGGGCUGUGAUAUGUGAGUCUGACAAGAUCUCACUCCUAACCAAGCAUUAAGCGCGUUUCCGGAGUCUAUCUUAGAUUUUUAUCUAGAUGUAAACCUAGGCGAAUUGGAGAGAAUCAGGAAGUAAAUUUAAGUUAUUUUGAAAAAACUAAUUAAUGAAAAAAUUCAUCGGUCACAAAAUAUCAGUUUUCUCAAACCUUUGCUCCAAUUAUCCUAAAAUCGUCAAUGCUAGUUUCAAACACGUUAUCAGUGGAUGCCUGAGUCAUAAAUAUUGCGCUCAACAGUGCUUGAUCCCACCACAUAUUUUUAUAAAAAAAAUCUGGUUCGUAGAGUUUCUUGAUUAUCGAAUGAACCACGCAUUUUUAUGCAGUUUUACUUAUAUGAAAUUUAACGUAAUAUUUGUGGUGCGAAAAAGAUUAAACUGCCACUUUCCUGGUACAAAACAGAUAAAUGUCUGUACUUUCUAGUUUUCUUCUAAACAGUGAUAAAAAACUUAUACUUCGAAACCUACGUUACUUGUCUAAUACUCCUAUAUUUUUCGUUUCCAUACAAUAGAUAUCUGAAAAUGGAUUCAAGGU